CGCAACCGCAGACCACCUGGGCCUCUUUCAAGUUUAAACCACUCUCUCUCGCCGGACAGGUAGGACCGUUGGGCGCCAUCUCUCAAUCCUCAACCAACCUUGGUUUCCUCUUCUUCUUCUCUCUCCACAACCCUAAAAUUCUCAUUCUGUCACUCACUCACAGUCACUCUAUACAAAGAUUGUUCUGCCCACUCCUUUUUCAUUUUCCCAAUUGCUGCCGUCGCUUUAUUCUGUGUAAUUGCGUGUUUUUGAAGAAAUUACAAUACUUGGUGAAAAUGGCUGCUACCCAAUUCAGAGGUGGCGCACUUUCUGGCGGAUUAACCACUAGAUCCAGUGACCAUAACCCAACAACUAAGAAAGCAAGGUUGUUUAAUUCAAUGAAGCAAAGCGAAGCUGGUAAAUUUGGAGCACUAAGUGGUAGGAAGGAUUUGAGCAAUGCCAAUGUUGGGGGGGGUUGUAGUCUGUCUGCUACACACAGAGCACUGGGCUCCCCGCUAUUGACACGUCGCCGAAGACCUUGUUUCCCAGUGGUGGCUAAUCAGUUGAGUUCUGAAGUUGGUGUCGGUUCCUCUGAGGUUAAGGAAAAGUUAGCUUUAGAGGAAGAGCAAGCUCUCAUAAAUGGAGGGAGUGAUGACCUGCAAACAUAUUCUCCAGAUGUCAAACGUGAGCUGUUGAUGCUUUCUUUACCUGCAAUUUUGGGUCAGGCCAUUGAUCCCUUAGCACAGCUAAUGGAGACUGCUUACAUUGGUAGAUUGGGUUCUCUGGAGUUGGCUUCAGCUGGUAUUUCAAUGAACAUCUUCAAUUAUAUAUCAAAGCUAUUUAAUAUCCCUCUACUCAGUGUUGCUACAUCUUUUGUUGCUGAAGACCUUGCAAAGAGUGAAAGUGAAGCUUCUACUUCAGAAAAUGGCUGUCUCGGAGACAUUACUAAUGGUAAACCCGAACGUACUGAUGGAGUAACUGAGAGAAAGCAGCUAUCUUCAGUGUCUACAGCUUUACUAUUAUCAGUGGGGAUUGGGAUUUUUGAGGCCGUAGCCUUGUCUUUCGGAUCUGGAUUGUUUCUGAAUAUGAUGGGCAUAUCAAUGGACUCACCUAUGCGCAUUCCUGCACAACGGUUUCUUUCACUAAGAGCAUUUGGUGCUCCAGCAGUUGUAGCGUCUUUGGCUCUUCAAGGAGUUUUCCGUGGUUUUAAGGAUACAAAGACUCCAGUACUAUGUCUAGGUAUUGGUAAUCUGCUAGCUGCAUUUUUAUUACCCAUCCUUAUGUAUUAUUUUGGUUUGGGUGUAACUGGUGCAGCCCUUUCCACUGUUAUAUCUCAAUACACUGUCACCUUUUUAAUGAUCUGGUUUUUAAAUAAGAGAGCUAUACUAUUGCCUCCAAAGGUGGGAUCAUUGCAAUUUGGUGGAUACAUAAAAUCUGGUGGUUUUCUUAUUGGAAGAACUCUUGCUGUUGUUGCUACCUUGACAUUGGGAACAUCAAUGGCUGCUCGUCAAGGUCCAGUAGCUAUGGCUGCUCAUCAGAUAUGUAUACAGGUUUGGUUGGCUGUAUCCCUUCUAACUGAUGCAAUGGCUGCAUCUGGUCAGGCCCUGAUUGCUAGUUAUUUAUCUAAAGGUGAAUACAAAAUUGUGAAAGAAGUUGCUGACUUCAUGUUAAAGAUAGGAUUGUUCACAGGUGUUUCCUUGUCUGUAAUUUUGGGAUUAUCUUUUGGUUCUUUAGCUACGUUGUUCACCAAAGAUCCUGAAGUAUUAGUACUUGUCAGAUCUGGGAUGUUGUUUUUCAGUGCUAGUCAGCCAUUGAAUGCUCUAGCUUAUGUUUUCGAUGGUCUCCAUUACGGUGUUUCAGAUUUUGCAUAUGCAGCUCGCUCCAUGAUGGUAGUGGGAGCAAUAUCUUGCGCAUUUUUGCUAUAUGCUCCUUCUAUUCUUGGCCUUCAUGGGGUUUGGUUGGGAUUAACUCUCUUCAUGGGCUUGCGUGCUGUGGCAGGCUAUGCCAGAUUUCUGUCAAAAUCAGGUCCGUGGUGGUUUGUGCACACGGGCAUUCAGAAAGCCCAGCUAGCCAUUUGAGUGUUUCCCAUAAGCCGGAGAGAGGUUUCAGCUGUAAAUCGCGGCUUUGGUUUGGAUUACCAUUCGUAUUAGCUAAGUAAACAUUUUUUAUUUAGUCAUAAUUUUUAGUACAAAAAAGAACCUAAACAUUACUUUUUAUUCUUGUAAAUUAUUGUUAAAUGUUUUUAAUGUUUAUAGUCAAUAAAAAAUAUUUAUUUGUCUCCA